AUGGGUGACAUCCUCGUGGAAAACCCAGCCAACCACGUCCCUCCUCACAAGAAGACAGCUCCCUCAACAAUACCGAGCAUCGAAAACUUCGAGGGCGUAUCGGCAGAGGCAGGCGACGACUAUGCCAGCCUAAAGAAGCUGCAACGGCAGCUCGAGUACAUACAGCUACAAGAAGAAUACAUCAAGGAUGAGCAAAGAAGCCUGAAGCGAGAGCUCGUCCGGGCUCAGGAGGAGAUCAAGAGGAUCCAGAGUGUGCCUUUGGUCAUCGGUCAAUUCAUGGAGGCUAUCGACCAGAACACCGGCAUCGUCCAAUCGAGUACCGGCUCUAACUACGUCGUCCGAAUCCUCUCUACCCUCGACCGCGAGAAGCUCAAGCCCUCGUCAUCAGUUGCUCUGCACCGACACUCAAAUGCCCUCGUCGAUAUCCUGCCGCCCGAGGCUGACUCAUCUAUUGCUAUGCUUGGUGCGGAUGAGAAGCCAGACGUGACAUAUGCUGAUGUCGGUGGCCUGGAUAUGCAGAAGCAGGAGAUUCGCGAAGCUGUCGAACUACCUCUCACACAUUUCGAUCUAUACAAGCAGAUCGGUAUCGACCCUCCCCGUGGUGUACUUCUCUACGGACCCCCCGGUACCGGCAAGACCAUGCUCGUGAAGGCAGUAGCGAACAGCACGACUGCCAACUUCAUCCGCGUGGUCGGCUCCGAGUUCGUGCAGAAGUACCUGGGUGAGGGCCCGCGAAUGGUGCGUGACGUCUUCAGAAUGGCUCGCGAGAAUGCACCAGCCAUCAUCUUCAUCGACGAGAUCGACGCCAUUGCCACCAAGCGUUUCGACGCUCAGACCGGCGCCGACCGUGAGGUACAGCGUAUCCUACUCGAGCUGCUCAACCAGAUGGACGGCUUCGACCAGACCGCCAACGUCAAGGUCAUCAUGGCCACCAACCGCGCCGACACGCUCGACCCCGCGCUGCUGCGUCCCGGCCGUCUCGACCGCAAAAUCGAGUUCCCCAGCCUGCGCGACCGCCGCGAGAGGCGGCUCAUCUUCUCCACCAUCGCCAGCAAGAUGAGCCUGGCGCCCGAGGUCGACCUCGACAGCCUGAUCGUGCGCAACGACCCCCUGUCUGGCGCCGUCAUCGCGGCCAUCAUGCAAGAGGCCGGUCUGCGUGCCGUGCGCAAGAACAGAUAUAACAUCAUCCAGGUUGAUCUGGAGGAUGCUUACUCUAGCCAGGUGAAGGGCACGACCGACGAGAACAAGUUCGACUUCUACAAAUAA